AUGACGAUAUAUCAUCAAGCAAUUAGACGGAUAUCACUAUCAUUAUCAAGAAGAGGAAGGGGCUUCUCAACUCUCUCUUCUAAUCGUCUACGAGUCUGCGUUGUUGGAACUGGACCUGCUGGCUUCUACACUGCUGAAAAGAUGUUGAAGGCGCAUCAAGGGGCUGAAGUUGAUGUCAUUGAUCGAUUGCCCAGUCCUUUUGGUUUAGUCCGGUCUGGUGUUGCACCUGAUCAUCCCGAAACUAAGAUUGUGACGAACCAGUUCUCAAAGGUUGCACAACAUCAACGUUGCUCCUUCUUUGGAAAUGUUACUCUUGGGUCCUCUGUCUCUCUUUCUGAGCUCCGCGAGUUGUAUCAUGUGGUUGUGCUUGCCUAUGGUGCUGAAAGUGAUAGAGCUCUAGGUAUUCCAGGAGAAGAUUUGUCGGGGAUACACUCAGCUAGAGAAUUUGUUUGGUGGUAUAAUGGGCACCCAGAUGGAAAAAACUUGAAUCCUGAUUUGAAGAGCACCGAUACAGCUGUUAUUCUGGGCCAGGGAAAUGUAGCUCUUGAUGUUGCCCGUAUCCUCCUACAAUCAACAUCAGUAUUGGCAACAACUGAUAUUGCCAGUCACGCUUUGGCAGCUCUGGAGCAGAGCUCAAUAAGGUUGUUUAUUCAACUACUUGACAGGGAUCGGAUGGAUCUGAAAGUAUAUUUAGUUGGAAGACGUGGACCAGCCCAAGCAGCUUGUACUGCAAAAGAGUUACGAGAAAUUCUUGGUAUUAAAGAUAUGUCUAUUCACAUCAAGGAAGUUGAUUUACGUAAAAGUCCAGAAGAUGAGGAAGAGCUGAAAAACAAUCGAAUUCAGAGGAGGGUUUAUGAGUUGCUCUCAAAAGCUGCUGCUUCAGCACCUUCUCAUCCCAGUUCAAGUCAGCGUGAGCUUCACUUUGUUUUCUUCCGGAAACCUGAUAGGUUUCUGGAUUCAGGUGACGAUAGUGGUCGUGUUGCUGGUGUUUGUUUUGAGAAGACAAUUCUUAAAGGCACGUUUCCUCUCUAUAAAUGGUUUUUGUAUAUGAGUCUUCAUGCGUGCCUCUUUAUUUCGAUGUUUAGAAAACUCUCUACUCUUAGUUCUGUCAGCCCUGGGAAGCAGAUUGCUGUGGGAACUGGACUAUAUGAGGACCUUGACUGCGGGUUGGUGCUAAAGAGCAUUGGUUACAAAUCUGUACCAGUUGAUGGCUUACCAUUUGAUCAUGAAAAAGGUGUGGUUCCAAAUAUCCGAGGUCGAGUUCUUGCUGAUACUUCAGGAGAUCCUGCACUGCUUGAGAAAGGUUUGUACGUAUGUGGGUGGUUGAAGAGGGGACCAACUGGGAUUGUUGCUACAAAUCUCCACUGUGCUGAAGAAACUGUGGCAAGUAUCUCAGAAGACGUUCAUCAAGGAGUGAUAGCAUCCCCAUCUACCUUACCGAAGCCUGGCAGACAGGGACUCCUUCAGUUACUUGAUAAUAGAAGUGUAAGAGUUGUACCGUUUAGUGGCUGGGAAAAGAUCGACUCUGAAGAGAAGAGGCUUGGGAAUUUGAGACGCAAGCCUAGAGAAAAAUUAACCACAUGGGAGGACCUACUGACAGCUGCCACAUAG